UCCUCUCCUCCUCCUCUUUUUUAGAAGCCGCGAUCGGAGAUGGAUGUCUCUCUUUGCCCAGCCAAGUGUAGUUUCUGGCGGAUUUUCUUGCUGGGAAGCGUCUGGCUGGACUAUGUGGGCUCCGUGCUGGCUUGCCCUGCAAAUUGUGUCUGCAGCAAGACUGAGAUCAAUUGCCGGCGGCCGGACGAUGGGAACCUCUUCCCCCUCCUGGAAGGGCAGGAUUCAGGGAACAGCAAUGGGAACGCCAGCAUCAACAUCACAGACAUCUCAAGGAAUAUCACUUCCAUACACAUAGAGAACUGGCGGGGCCUGCACACACUCAAUGCAGUGGACAUGGAGCUCUACACCGGCCUCCAGAAGCUGACCAUCAAGAACUCAGGACUUCGGAGCAUCCAGCCCAGAGCCUUCGCCAAGAACCCUCACUUGCGCUAUAUAAACCUGUCGAGUAACCGGCUUACCACACUCUCAUGGCAGCUCUUCCAGACGCUGAGUCUUCGGGAAUUGAGGUUGGAGCAGAACUUCUUCAACUGCAGCUGUGACAUCCGCUGGAUGCAACUGUGGCAGGAGCAGGGGGAGGCCAAGCUCAGCAGCCAGCACCUCUACUGCAUCAACGCGGACGGCUCCCAGCUGCCCCUCUUCCGCAUGAACAUCAGCCAGUGUGACCUUCCUGAGAUCAGCGUGAGCCACGUCAACCUGACCGUACGAGAGGGUGACAAUGCCGUCAUCACUUGUAAUGGCUCUGGAUCACCGCUGCCUGACGUAGACUGGAUAGUCACUGGCCUGCAGUCCAUCAACACCCACCAGACCAAUCUGAACUGGACCAAUGUGCACGCCAUCAACCUGACCCUGGUGAACGUGACAAGUGAGGACAACGGCUUCACCCUGACGUGCAUCGCGGAGAACGUGGUGGGCAUGAGCAAUGCCAGCGUCGCCCUCACCGUGCACUACCCUCCGCGCGUGGUGAGCCUGGAGGAGCCCGAGCUGCGCCUGGAGCACUGCAUCGAGUUCGUGGUGCGUGGCAACCCACCGCCCACGCUGCACUGGCUGCACAACGGGCAGCCGCUGCGUGAGUCCAAGAUCACCCACGUGGAGUACUACCAGGAGGGCGAGGUGUCCGAGGGCUGCCUGCUCUUCAACAAGCCCACCCACUACAACAACGGCAACUACACCCUUAUCGCCAAAAACCCACUGGGCACGGCCAACCAGACCAUCAAUGGCCACUUCCUCAAGGAGCCCUUCCCAGAGAGCACGGAUAACUUUGUCUCUAUCUACGAUGUGAGCCCCACGCCCAUCACUGUGACCCACAAACCGGAGGAAGACACUUUUGGGGUAUCCAUAGCUGUUGGACUUGCUGCUUUUGCCUGCGUCCUGUUGGUGGUUCUCUUCAUCAUGAUCAACAAGUACGGUCGACGGUCCAAAUUUGGAAUGAAGGGCCCCGUGGCUGUCAUCAGCGGCGAGGAGGACUCAGCCAGCCCGCUGCACCACAUCAACCAUGGCAUCACCACACCCUCGUCGUUGGACGCUGGGCCAGACACGGUGGUCAUCGGCAUGACCCGGAUCCCAGUCAUUGAGAACCCCCAGUACUUCCGUCAGGGACACAACUGCCACAAGCCAGACACGUAUGUGCAGCACAUUAAGAGGAGGGACAUCGUGUUGAAGCGGGAACUGGGCGAGGGAGCCUUUGGCAAGGUCUUCCUGGCCGAGUGCUACAACCUCAGCCCGACCAAGGACAAGAUGCUCGUGGCCGUGAAGGCCCUGAAGGAUCCCACCCUGGCUGCCCGGAAGGAUUUCCAGAGGGAGGCUGAGUUGCUCACCAACCUGCAGCACGAGCACAUUGUCAAAUUCUAUGGUGUGUGUGGCGACGGUGACCCGCUCAUCAUGGUCUUUGAGUACAUGAAGCACGGAGACCUCAACAAGUUCCUCAGGGCCCAUGGGCCAGAUGCUAUGAUCCUUGUGGACGGGCAGCCACGCCAGGCAAAAGGCGAGCUGGGUCUCUCCCAAAUGCUCCACAUCGCCAGUCAGAUUGCCUCAGGCAUGGUGUACCUGGCCUCCCAGCACUUUGUGCACCGGGACCUGGCCACCAGGAAUUGCCUGGUUGGAGCCAAUCUGCUGGUGAAGAUCGGGGACUUCGGCAUGUCCAGAGAUGUCUACAGCACCGAUUACUACAGGGAAGGGCCAUGCCAGAAGGGCCCGAUCAGCGUGUCAUGGCAGCGACAGAGGCUAGCAGCGCCGGCAGCUUCCACAGUGGGAGGACACACCAUGCUCCCCAUCCGUUGGAUGCCCCCUGAAAGCAUCAUGUACCGGAAGUUCACUACGGAGAGCGAUGUGUGGAGCUUUGGGGUGAUCCUGUGGGAGAUCUUCACCUACGGAAAGCAGCCGUGGUUCCAGCUCUCAAACACAGAGGUCAUCGAGUGUAUCACCCAGGGUCGUGUGCUGGAGCGGCCCCGAGUGUGCCCCAAAGAGGUGUACGACGUCAUGCUGGGGUGCUGGCAGAGGGAACCCCAGCAGCGGCUGAACAUCAAGGAGAUCUACAAAGUCCUUCACGCUUUGGGGAAAGCCGCCCCCAUCUACCUGGACAUCCUCGGCUAGCGGUGGCUGGCGGUCACGGAUGCGUACUCUGUUGCCUCCUGUCUCCUGGCCUCACAUCCUCCCUUGUCACCUCACACUCCUUUCUUCCAUCCUGACUGAAGCGAACAUCUUCAUAUAAACUCAAGUGCCUGCUACACAUACAACACUGAAAAAAAAAAAAAGGAAAGAAAAAACCCUGUAAGGCAGUUUGGCGAAUAUAUAUAUAUAUACAUAUAUAUAUUUAUAUAUCUAACUAUCUAUCUAUCUAUAUCCACAGACAGAGAGAUACCUUCUCUAAUACAGAGAGAAGCUGCUGACACAGAAACCAUAAGACUGUAACAACAACUCAGAAAAUCUUAAAUAUUAUAAACACAAACGGAAACCCCCUUUGACGGAAGCUGGGGUCCCUGCUUCUUCGGCUCCGGCUUUUCGGAGCCGAAGACCUUGACGACACAGAGACAGUCUUCGUGCGGGGACAGGAGGAGCUGGGGUGGAGUGCGAAUUGUUCAGGCGAUUACCUGCACAGGUGCGUUUCCCCUCCCUGGCCCCCCCCUCCCCGAGCUCUGCACAGGUGCACGGACAGACCCCAUCAACUGCACUCAGGAUGCAGCGGGAAAGAACACCGGACCGGGGGCCUCUGGAAAAGCCUCAUGUCUCCCCUGACUGUUGCCUCCACGCCUUCCCCUUUCCUCUGCUUCAAGACAGUUCUCCCAUUUGUCCAUUCUGGAAAGUAGAGUCCUGACGCUUUUGGAAGUCAGUGAGGGUGUGUACCAGUCAACACGUAACAACCGACAAGACACAAAACCAUCAUGACAAUGGACUUCAUCCAUCUUGGGUGUAAACCACGCUCACGUUCCUUCCUAAAUUUGAAAGGGACGUGCCAUUUAUUCUCUGAACCUCAAGAACUGGACGUUCUGGACUCAGCCACAGAAGAAGAAGCUGAAAUUCGAACCCUCCCUGGAAAGGCACUGCCUCUCGUCUUUCCCUCGCUGGAAAGACUCCUCAGCCCCACCUCCCGCAUUCGGGCCUUUGGGGGAGUUUGGGGGCGAAGGGAACGUCCGCGUGUUGCCCGCAAAUGUGGACGCAGCAGGGUUCCGGUAGCAGGAGACUUCGUUCCUUGUAGGUCGUUAUAAAGUGUGCCCCUCCGUGUCCUCUGUUUCUCAUCCUGCCUGCCCAGGUCCCCAGCCCCCCACUUCCUGGGCCUCUCGCAAGUCCCAGGUGAACCUCACUGCCAGGGAAGGGAGCCAGGUGUAGUCAGAGCGUGGGGCAGCGCUUGUAUCGGGGAGCGAGGCGGUACCGUGGGCAGCAGCCAGCAGGGGAGAAUCUAUCUGGCACCUGCACCGGCCCCUUGGCAUUCUCCUCACGUUUCCAGGCCCUGGAAGGAUUGAUGCAUCUGCCUUUGAGCUGCUGUGAAAAUGCAGGGGCUGAAAAAUCGCUUUUGUGGGCUGGGGGCGGGGGGAGGGGCCGAGGCUUCUCUGGGAGGUGUCCGCCGCGGGCCACGGCCACAGGCGCGGCAUCUUAAUGAGGACUGAGCCCUGACCAGGGAGAGAGAAUGAGGCGUGUGGGCUGGGGUCCUGGCCGCUGCUGUCAAGGGCUGUCACGGAGGCAGAUCUCCGGGCCUCCCCGAUGCACGACAAGGAAAUGCUUCCGGAGGGCAACCGCCUGGCCCCUCCCAGCUCGCCGGCCCCUCCACCUCACCCCAAGCACAGAGCUACCUAGUGGACUGGCCUUUGCCCAGUGGGAGCCUCGGGGAGUGGGGGGCUCGGACCCGCACCCUGCCCUGCCAGCCGGAGGGGCUGUCGGCGGCCCCCGGCGGCCUGGUCAGCUGCAGUGCGGGCAUCCCUGUGGGGUUUGGGACAAAUCCUGUAUGUGUGGUUUGCUUCUUUUUUUUAGACCCACAAAUGUUUUUAUUCCAAUAGAAAAGAGCUGUGCUCAGACUGUAGGCCUCGGUUGGGAGUUGGGGAUCAGUGGGGCCACUCAGCUGGGCUGGGAGGGGAGCCGGAGUUUGGUUUAGGGUUUUCACUGUGCUGGGUUCCCAACCCAGCUGGGUGGAGACUUUGGAGGAGAGCUGGGUGGACCGACCACCUCAGAGGAACCCUUUGCUCUCCUACGGCAGGUAUCCUCCUGUCUUUCUGCGCAGAGGCCGUGGCUCUAUUCUGGGGCCUCUAAUGCUGGCUGAACUGUGCCGUCUGGUGUUGAGCAGGGUAACUAAGAGAGAGGUGAGCGUGGAGGGGGGGCCUUGAGGGGGAAGGGCCUUCUGGUUAGAUGUGAGGCCCCAAGGCUCCCGUUGCUGCCAAAACAGACCUUGUGUGGCCUUCCAUCUCACAGGCUGUGUUUCUAGAACCUCAUGGUCACUGAUAGGCUGGGAAGAGGGGGUGUGGGAAGGAGUUGGAAGCUGCUGGGCAACUGGGAAUGAGGAACCUUCUAGGGUUUCACCUCAGGGUGCAGAGUCAUCACGGCCUGAUGGAAGAAGACAGUUCCUUCGGGAGCCAGGAGCCCUGGAAGAGACGGAAGUUGUCUGAUUGUACAGGCCCUUGUGCUGGCCAUGGGGAUGUGUCUGCAUCAUGUCCCCUGGAAGCCGCUGCCUCUCGUGAGGGCAGAGCAAGGGGCAGCAGAGAGGGAGGCCCGGCUUUCUUACCCCCUUGUCGUGCUCUCUUUGUACAGUCUACAUGUUGACUUAUGUAAAGGCAAGGAAAAAAAAAAAGCUUUUUGGAGGGUGAGGGAGGCAAAGACUAGGACUGUGGUCACUGAAGGGGCACCCGGGGCCCUGGGAGCAAGCAGGGGACAUUAUCCCUCCUGUGGUGGGAAGCUCGGCUGACACUUGCUCUACUGGGUCUCAGUCUCCUGUCUGCAAAACAAGAGGUGCCUGUUCGUCUCCGGCCCUUCAGGGUCUGAAGUGUUUAGAUUCUCACAGUGCUGAGUCACUGUGCCAUUGUUCUCGGUAGCGCCCUGGAAUGCUACAGUGGCCCUCCAGGGUGGCCCUCCUCGGGCCUUGCGUGGGCAGGGGCAGCUGCCACCGGGGGCUCGAGGGCCUGGGCCCACAUGGGUCCUGUAGACACUCCUCUCCUUCUUGGUGCCUCCGUCACAAUGGCAGAUGUCCGAGAUGACUUUAGACCCAGAGGGCGUGUUUGGUCUUUUUCCCCAUCCCCAGCCUCUUUGCACACCUAGAAAGCUCUGGCGAAGGCCUAUCCAUCUAUUUAUUUUCAAAGAGCUCAGUGUGACUAAAUGAGUCUUACAGUGACAUCCCAUCAGCCACUGUAGCCACCCCAAUCCGUCCCACUGUCACCCCUCCACACCAAAAUCCACACUUAAAAAAAGCAUGCUAGAGGGACCGUGAAGAUGCGGUUGGAUGCAGACACCGUCAUGAGCCUUGGGGGAAGCUCCAGGUCCCUGAGGCUGACCUCCCUGCCAUGUCUUCCUCAUCUGGUCCACUCCUGGACUGAGUGACAGGGACCUGCUGUUGGGUGCCCACCUUGGAGUAAGGAGGCAUGGCCAAGGGUCCUCCCUGUUCUUGACUUUGGGCGUGAACCAGAUGCCGCCCUCUUAUUAUAUCCCUGACCUCAGUGGAUCUCGAGACUCACUGAACGUUCUCUUGCUAACAGACGAGAGACUUGUGUUCCUCCACUCAACAGAUCAUGCCCAGAUCCUCCCUGGAGAGAGGCUUCCCUCUGGAGGCCAAGGAGCCUUGGUCCUUCUGGGUUCAGUUUGAACCUUACCCUUCUUCUCUAGUGAUACUUAUCUUGUGGAAUAUACUAGUGCAAAUAUCUUUGGUGCUAAAUACUACAGAAACCAACACCCAUAGGAGAGCUGACAGCCAAUUUCUGGGGGUGCGUGAGACACCCCCUCAAAAGCGGAAGGAUUCCGUUGUGCUGGGACACUACAGGAUGCAUGGGAGCUUGGGUGGGAGCAUGCAGGGAUGUGGAAAGACCGUCGAAUUCCCAGCUCUGCUCUUGGUUACCCAGGUGACCAUGGCCAGGUCAUAAUCUCUCAGAGUAUCAGAUUUCUCAUCUGAGACGUUUGAGAGACCAGAAUAGGUAUCCUUGGGAUUCUUCUCAAUUAAAAAAAAAAAAUUCUGUUCUGCUUCCACCUAUUUUGUUUUCUCUGCUUUUUUACUUGCUUAUCAGAAAUAAGAGACAAGAUGAAAGGCAGGUAUGGAAAGGGAGGAGGAAAAGUUACCCAAGGCAAGAAAUUGUUUCUGGAAGGCACAUAGGGAAGACUGUAGUGAUUGGUAGGGUUGAGGGAUAUUGGGGAGUAGGGGGACAGGCACACGGGCUCACCGGCUGCCGCCUGGCCCCAUGGCUGAUUUCCACAGGCUUUCCUUCCUCAGCUAGCUGGCUACUCCAUUCCACACCGAUGCACCGUGAGCCGGCAGAAACCAUUCCAAGAUAGGGAGACACGCCUGCGUACCUCUCAUGCAGGCCACUGGCAAUUUGAACUCAGAAACCAACAGAUGUUUCCCUUCAAAUGCUAUUUCCAGGAGGUAGGAUGUUGGAAAGAGGGCAGUAUUUUAGGAUGCAGACUCUUCACCCAAGUCCUUUUCCUUUCAGGAAUGAUGAAUGGUGUCCUUGCUCCUCUUUUCCCAAACUAAACAGCAGCCGGAUUGUCUUGUUCAAGGUGUGGUUACUGCAACAGGCAGUCUUGGGCUUUGAGAGCUUCGCUGUGCUUUGCUUAGAGUCUGAAGCCAAGAAACGCCUCUAGGUGUUGAUUGAAUGAGCCAUGUCCUGACAGGCUAGAGGACCACUCUCAGAUGCCCCCGGGAUGGCUAUUGUCAGCUUUGAUGGAGCCAGCCUGCUAGAGUACCCAAUGGCAUUUGCCUUAGAGCAAGAAAUGGCACCCUUAGCUCAGGGCUUGGUGCUGUAGCCACUUUGGUGUUGGUCCCUGGUGUGCCAAACUUUUCUUUGAUACCAAAUAAAAUGUUCAGGCUAGCACAUAAUAGGUUUUAAAGGGAAAUUCCAAGUCUUUGUAUCAUUGUUAAGAUCUCAAUAUAGACUCCAGAAAAUGCUUUGGGAUUGCUUAACAUCAUUGGUAGCAUCAUCUGAGGGGAAGUAUAGGCCCAUAUACAUUGUAUGUUUAUGUCUCUAUAUUCAAUUAGACUGACUUCAGUGAAGUUCUGCUUGGACUCAGCAAACGGAUUCCUUGAUGCUUGGUCUCUUUCAGUCUCACAUUCCUUGGAGAUGAGCUAUCCAGAGAUGGACUGGCCUACAAGAGACAGAAAGAUGCUAUUGGGAAAUCUGUCAUUUUGUAAAAUUUGAUCACUUGGUGCUCCCUGGAUUAAUGCUGGUGACAACAUUCUGGGCAUCUGAAAAUCCCUGCUUCUGGCAGUCUGAUAGAUUACCUUGCAGGAGCGCUUUCUACUACUUUCCAUUUGGGAGUCAGCAUUGAAUUUACCAGGACUGUAGACGCAACCACUCCCUAGAAGGGAUGGGACAGAGAGAAUGCGAGAUGCCCAUCAUGCUCACUCUUUUGGAAAAGUGACUGGUGGAUGUGGUGAACAUUUGUGUCACUACUUUGGGCAUUAGGACUUUUGCUGUAAGCAUAAACUGUUUCACCCUAAGGAACUGAAUCAUGGCUUCUGAUAGAGUCCCUGUUUCCCUGGUGCAAUCUCCCCAAGCAUAGUUUUCCUUGACUUCCUAAAAAAAUUCUAUGCGUUGCAACAAGAGAUGUCUCUGGCCCAAGGGUCAGUGUGCCAAUAUAGAUGCUUUCCUAUUUCACAAGGAGAUCUGUGGAGAUUGAGGUCCCCCUCAAAAUACUUGGAAUUCUCGAUCAAAGUAAUAAAAUUCAGAUUCCCCUUCCUUUUUAGCUAAGUUCCAAAUUUAAAACUAGGCCUUGUCUGAUACUUGCAGUAGGGAUGGUGUCUUAAACCAGUGUGCUGAGUUAUUUCCCCUCAUACUGAGGCAGGACAGUAAGCUCUGUUAAUUUUUCCUCUAAUCACCAAGGUAAACAUUGCUUUGUAUGCAGUGCUAUGGCCCAAACUUGUAGUUUGCAAGAGACACUUCUAGCCAACAAAGCUAGACGUUUCUAGAUGUAUCAAGAGAACACAGAUGAGGAAAGUCCUGAGCAUCUGAGGCUCAGGGCAUCUGAGAAGUACCUUGGAGCUCAGGUGUCUUGCUUUCCAGUUGGACAUAUUAUGAGAAGAAUUGGUUUGUUAUCACUUUAGACAAUGACCAGUGUAGACGUCCUUCAUCAAAGUCCAAAGGAAGACUGAGAACCCUGAUAUCCACUAUAUUCUCGAACAUUGUUUUGGAUGCAGUUUCUCCGAAGCACAAUGAGAAAUGUUAGUACUCAAGUCUAGGUCUGAUAGUUAUUCCUUCAUUUAAGAAGAGUGUAUGGAAGUCACUAAAAAAGAAGAAUUUUGUGAUAUGUUAACUGGGAGGACAUACUCAAAUGAAUAGCUUCCUUAAAUGUUUUGUUUCUUUCUUGGAGAACUCUCCGUGACCCUUCUCCAUUUAACAGCUAUGUGACGUUCAGCCAAUGCUUCUGAGCCCACCUCUGGGGUAAAUGAAUAAACCUGGUCCAGGUGAUUUGAUUUCUGCUUUCUGCAGAAGAGAAGUAAAUCUCAGUAAAGAAGAUUUUCUUUCAUUUUUGUGCUUCUUACUUUUUCCUUUUUUUUUUUUUUUUUUCUUUUGGCUGUAUCCUCUUGCCUCCAUGGGACUGACAAUCCAACAUCUCCUACUCCAUGAAAGUCUUAAUGUGAGGUGAAUUCCAGGACCACAAACAGUUAGGACUUCAAACAGUGAGAAAAUUGGCACUGAAUGAUUCGGCACACAAAGCAGAAAACCUUCAUUUCCUGCAGGCGGGAUGGAAUUGACUGUUAUAUUAAGACUUGUGAAGGAGCCCUGCCCCAGAGUAAUUUCGAUGCUGUCAGACAACGUUGACAUCUAGAUUAACCUCUGUGCAGUGAAGUUUACUGCAAAGCUCAUUGGGAUGCAAGUGGUGUAUCUCUGCAAAUCCCAUCUGGAACCCUAGGUGGCCCAUCCCUUCCCCACCCACUGCUCACUCCAUCCGUGAACUUUUAGCCCCCAGGAGCAGAGAAGCCAUGACUGGGGUCUGAGCCCAGCAGAGGGAGCUUCUUGACCUCUCUCUGACCACAGUGCUGAGCCAAGUUUUCUGCUCCGUGGGAGUGACAGUGGGGGUCACUGUCUUGGUUUUUCCCGAGGGGACUGCACAUCAAGGCGUGGAAGCCACUCUGCUGAUGACAAAACGGCUUUGCAGCAUAUCUCGACGCUGCACAAAGUGAAAUGGUUUAUGAAGAAUUAGUGUGCACUGCCUCAGUGAACCCUGCUCUCCCCCCACCCCCACCCCGCUCCCCGGGGUCCCCCCGCAAUUCUUGGUGUGGAUGUAGCAGGUCAGGGCUACCGCCAGGUGGCCAGAUGGGGUAGUGGGUUCUGAUGGACAAAGGGCUUGCCCUGGGUCUGUGUAGGGGUUUCCCACAAUCCUUAUGGGAGAGAGGCAGCCCCAGCUCCUUCCUCUCCUGGUUGGGACAGAGCGUAUACCUCUCGGAAGCCCCGGUGUGUCAGCUCUUUCCUUAUGGGGUGGUGGGCUCCAGCGUGGCCUGGACCCUUUCUGACCCAACUGUGCCAUGCCACGUGAAGGCAACAGCGGCCAGCGGGAACCUCAAGUCUGAAUUCACGGCUUCUUUACAAACCGAGGCUGUUAAUUACAUCAGAAGUCUGAAGAAAAGGCCUUUAGUUUAGAUUCCAACUCCUCCACCUUCAGAUUCUCUCCUUCGGGCUGCUCCACACCAUCCCGGGUGUCUUGGGAAACUGACCUGCGGAGUUUAGAAUACCGUGAAGCCCAGAGAGCAUAUUUCUCCGGGGGGUUUACUGAUUCUGAUUCUCUCUGAAAUUGUUUUUCCUACCUUGCCUCUUGCUUUGAAUAGGAGUAACAGUCUCCUUGUAUGUUCUCAGAUAUUUCUUUAGGAGAAAUGAAAGCUUCCGGCCAAGGACACUGUGUUUAUUGACUGGGGAAAAUAGAUUUCUGGGCCAACUAAUGUCACAGUCAUACAGAGGCAAACCUGAGGACAUUAUUUGAAAGCAAUUAUCAGUGUUGCAUUUUGUUCUAGAUGCUCAAGCUCACGUAGUGCAAACUACAUUCAUCCCUCGUUAUUUAUAAUACUUGUUUAAAUGCACACAUGUGCACACCAUCCCCUCCGCCCCCCACGAAUGCAUCUUCACUCGUCUUGGUCCAAUAUGACCUAACAAGCCAAUGUGCCCUGCAUGUUCAUCCCACUGAUAUCUGUGUCUAUGUGCAUGCAAGCAAGUAUGCUCCAGACAUGUGGCUUCUUAAACUUCUCUACAGCUCAUCUUUUCUUUUAAUAUCGUCACACAGCCUGUGACUUUCUCCACUAUGGAUCAUUUUAUGAAGUUAGGGUGUUUUCAAAGGAGACUGGAUCCCAAGUUUUCAGAACCUUCGUAUUUAAAGGUUGGACUAGUUUUCUCAGAGAAACACAAAACCAAAGUAAACCUUGAUAUAGAUUUUAUGUGAUUAAUUUGGAGGAUGGUCGGGCGGGGAGAAGCACUGAAUUUUGGCUUGAAUAAUACGUGCUAAGUACAGAUAUACAUGUGAACAGAUAUACAUAGUUCAAGCAGAUUACUGAAGCUAUCUUGGAGUUGAAGCCUUUAGAUAGGAAACUCAAAACAUUCAGAUUGAAUCAGAACUUGAUGAGAAAGGGUCCGAUUUUCCCUGGGAAAGUUAGAUGUUCCAUGGGACAUGGAAGGAACACUGGGUUGGAAGUGAGUAACUGCACUGGGUGUUUAUUUGGUGGAUGGCCGUGCACAAGUCACCUCAAUUAUCUGGCCCAAGGUGGAAGUGUCCUUAGUAUAAAUGGGCAGCUGGCAGCUAGUUGCAGACUAGCCCUCUCUCUGAUUCCAGUGAGGGCUAAGCCGAUCUACUUCACCCAGGGACGGCUCCAACCAGCUGUCAUUAAAGCGUACCUUCUCAAGUCUCACCCAGAACAAGUGUGCACAGCCUCCCAUCCUACAGAGUCAGCCCGGUGUUCAUCUUGCAGUCAGUUCACAUCUCACACCUGCUGUUGAACGCUGUCCAAACUCUGAACUCCUGUGGUCCAUCCGCUGUCCCUGACUCCAGCCCUUAAAGUCUGGCUUUUAUCUCUGAAAGUCAAGGAAAGCCCUCUGGGCCCAUCUCCUUCUUCCCUACCCUGAGCAUCAGCCGCACUUGUGAUUGAGCCUAGCUAGGUUCCUGGAGAAGAAAACUGUAUGUUCUAGCAGCCAUCCAUCAGUCUCUUUCCAGCUCCAUGGACCAAGUGAUUAGCUCCUCAUUAGCACCUCAUCAGUUGCUUUUGCACCAGAGACUCUGGGACAACAAGCCUAUUAUAAUGCCUCAGUCUGUCUUUUUGAAGUCAUCCCUUCCUUCUGGCUCUAUUGAGAAAGGAGAGCCUGCUACCAACAGCUUUUCCUUCAAAUUUCUCUGGCUUUUUUUUCCCCCUGGCUGUUAAAUAUACAGAUAAAUGGUAAACAGUGGCUUUCUCUUUUGUUUUCCAGGCCCCUCCCAGUGUGAGUGUACUAUGCCCCUACGGAACAGGAGCACCACAGACCACAUGUCAGCACUGUGUUCAUUUAUUUAGUGGAAUGGUUAUAAUAUUGACACAAAGGUUUGCAGCAUCUAAAUCUUGAGGGGGAUAAGAGGCUUUUUCUAUCAAAUGAGAUCUUUACUGUGAUGGCACAAGAAGGGUUUAUACCUUAAGAACAGCAAUGAACCUGAGAAACAUGCUCCCUCUUUAAGGAACAAUGAGGUGGAAGAAAUCACUGGAGAAAUCACCAGGACACCAGACCCUCUAUUCCGCAAAUCACGAUGUUUCAAUAGAUGCUUCAACUCUGUCCUUGACAUGGCUCUAAAAACACAAUAAUGAACUAUGAUCAGCUAUCCACAUUUACUACUAAAAUUCAUCAUGUCUAACCCAACCCCUAUUUUUUAUCAAAUAUCAUUUUUUUUUCAUAACUCUGGGGAUAGUUCAAUGUUGCUUUUUUUUUUUUUUCUGGGCCCCUUCUAAUAUUUUCAGUGAGGUUUUUUUUUCAUUUUUAUUUCUUUAGGAAAGACGUGGGGUCUAUGUUAAAUAUUGUCUGUGAUAAAAUGGCAAGUGAGGUGGAGGGAGGUGAUGGGCUGAGGACACAGAGGACCUCUGAGCUCAACUUCCUGCUGAAAAGCAUUAUCCCUUCUGUGCCUCAGUUUCUUAAGCCACAGAAAAGAGCCGCUAACAACCCCCCUCCCGUCACGGAGGGUUGUAAUGAGCACCCAAUGAAGUCAUAGCUGUCAAAGUGCUCUGUGAGGGCCACAGGACCCCUUGACGAGGUAAAGCCCCCUCUCUGGCAGUGAGUGUUGCAAAUAGGCUUGCUGAUGCCGAGCUGUGAGCGGCUCUGGCAUGUGCCUUCUUUCGAGGCACACAAGCAGUUUCUCCUUCAAAUUUCUUAAAUUCCCCCUGCAGUCCGGUUUCUAGAUUGUGGCCUUGGCAUUUUCCUCUUUGGCCACCGCGCUUCGAGAGAUGGAGAAUACCUUUACAAAAAUAUAAGCAGAAGGAGGAUAGUUUAUCCAUUUGGCUUUGUCAUUGAAAAGAGAUUACCGGUAGGUUUUGUUUUCAGGCCUGGAACCCUGAACAUUUUAUAGCAAGAUGCCGUCUCCUGCUGCAUUGAACUCCAGAUCAUCCGUUGUUGAUUUUAUGAGAUUCUGUAGAUUUAAAUGUAAUGUUUUUUAACUGAAGACUGUAUGAAGCUUCCUUUAUAAAUUGGGUGGUAAAACUAAUCUUGCAGGAAGUACCCGAAGUGAUAAUGAUCCUGAAGCAGCUUUGCAUUCAUUCUGGGGCCAGCAUUUUGUACAUGGGGAAAUAACUUUAAGAUGGAAUGAACUGCUUGAGUGAAGACCAAAUGCUAAACCACACUUCUGAUAGCCUUGAGCACCAACAAGUAGGUGUGAGUGGGAUUCCCACUGAGAAACGCCUCUGAUUGAAAAUGAAACCCCUGACAGUAAAUCCUGAGGCCAGAUUGCCAAGGUUACAACAGUGAAGUCAUUUACAGCCCCUAAAAAAAUCCCAGGUGUUUGUAGCAUCAGCCACUAUUUUAGGUACCUUGCAAUGGUGACUACUUGGCAAGGUUAAUCUUUAGAGUGUGAUUUCCUUUAGAUUUCCGAGCCACAACCAGGUGUGAUGUAACUGACUAAGAGCUGUGCAUGAUUAAAAAAAAGAAGAUUUUGAUCACUCCAGAGAGGAAUCAGAAUAAAGCCGAGUACCUGAAAUCCUAAGAAAUCCACAAAUAUUUUGCUCAAGUUCAGACUUCUGUUUUCUCUUUUUACCUUGGGCUCAAUUUUUGUUUGUCUUACAUAGAAAAGCAACAUCUCCAUGCUGAAAUUCUGUGCCCCCCCCCCCCGCCCCCUGCGCCCCCUGUAGCUGUGCAGCAACAGAAAGCAUUUCAGCUUUCUUUGAAAGGAGAGUCUAAAUUGGGUUAUGACUAGGAUUUUAAAUUACGGUGUGAAAUUGGAGAAGGCAAGCUAGUUCAGGGCAGUGUUCCAUAAUUCAUUCUGAUAAUCCCGAGGAGAUGACCUCCUUCACAGUACUGUGAAGGCCUGCUUUGAACAAGCCGUUUCACUGUGUAACUUCCUAGUGACAAGACUGAUUAUUUAAGGAUUUCAGAGGUAUCAUUUGAGAAAUAACUCACUGGAAGUGGAAAAUUUGAUCUAAUAUGUUAACAGGAAGAAGAAGAACUUAUUUUAAUGCUUUUUUCCCUUUCCUGAGAAUUUAGUCUUUUUGAGGGGCUAUUGGGACACUUCCUUUUCAAGGCUAGAAAAGAUUAAUUUUAGUUCAUGUCUAAAAGCAAAGACCCCCCCUCAAGCCCAGUAGAGUCGGAAGCAACCAGAAAUGGCUCAUGGUAGUUUUCUGUUACCCCACAGCAUCAAGGACCCUUCUUGUUUAUGUGUGUGGGCCAUGGUGGGUAAGCUCAAGGGCACUGUCCAAAUAAAAUGAAAAGAAAGCAAGUCAGGACAAGAACAUUCUCACUUUGAAUGUGAGAGAAAACAGCAGUCCUGCUUUCUCUGGCAAAAAACUGUGUACUGUUAAGGGAAGAAUUAUGUUCCUUCUUAAGUAAGUUUCACUUUCAGAGAGAGAGAGAGAGAGAGAGUGUGUGUGUGUGUGUGUGUGUGUGUUGGCUGAAAGGGGGUGGGUGGAGCCAGUAAAGAAAUAGUUCUGGGUUUAGACCUUAGGCAUAGUAAAAGCUCUGCUCAGUUUCUCAGAAUGUGACAAUAAGAUUGGGGUGGAGAGAAAUUCAGGGGCCCAUAUUCCAGUAUGUGGUAACAUUUUACCUAAGUAUUUCCUUCAGGAACUUUUAAUCAUAGCAAGUCAAAUCAAUCCCAUGUCUGUAAUUGGUAUCAGGAAAAAGAAGUAUGUAGGUAAUUUCUGCAGCCCCUAAUGCUUUUCUAAGAAUUGGAGGUCCUUGCAUUACAUGAGGGAAUAUGUAAGUAGGGGCUGAAUGGGGAGGUAGAUUGGAUGAACUACCCCAUCAGUAUUAUGGCGAUGCAUUAAUUCUGUCCUGCAGGAAAACCAGGGUCACUUCAGGGCCGCUUUCAUUAAAAUGGCAUAAAAAGAGGCAUUUGAAACAUGUUUUGGGACUGCUACCUACAGUCAGCCUCUGCUGAAUGAGUUUUCACUUUGAUGAAGACACAGUUUCUGGCUGGUCAGUGAUUCCUGGGUAUCUGUUUUCAGCACCAGGGACAGCAAACACCUCCCUCAAUUGAAUUAAAACCUAUCUUGAUUGGCCUUCUAGGCAAGGCAGAGUAGGUUUUUCCUUUACUUCCUAUCCAUGGGGGCCUCCGCCUGCAAGACUUUAUUCUUAAGUUCAGGUGUUCACAUCUUUUAUUUAGCUCUAAGCCUAGUGGCUUAGCUGUUUUUGUCACAUUCAUCAACAAAUGAUGAAGGCUGGACUAAUACUGCCAGGUCUCCUGGCUCAGAGGAAUGGCAAGAAAGACGCCUAGACAUCAACGGACAGCACACUUAGGCAGAGGAACCCUCUGCAGAAAGUCUUCACAAGGCACCAUUGAUUUGUAAACUCCCAAAUGGGAGGCUGAUUAUUGGCAAUUGCUUCCUUUUUUUUUAUCUGCAUGGUUCCCAUAAAGUACAGGUCUACAUUUUAUUCUGUGUGCAUUUGUAGGCGAUAUUUCACAGGAGGUGAACAGAAGCUAUGAGCUUUGGGGGAAGAAAAGGGCCCAGUAAUGCUGUUAGUAAGCCUUUUGGAGACGCUAGGUAGGCACUGCUUUGAAUGCCAGCAGCCACCCUUCAGAUCUGAGUCCUGUUCAGCAGCUAACUUUGCCUUAAACAAUGCAAAUGGCUCCUUGAAGCCUUCAUCAGGCCAGACUGAAGGGGUACCCUGAGAAAAUGAGCAUAGCAGAAGCAAAUGUUUUCAUUUGGCAUUGUGAUUGACCGGUUGUCAUUUAGCACAACAAUAGUGCAUAAAUGUCAUCAUAGAGGUACCAUUGUCUUCUUUUAACAAUCAGCUAUAUCCUCCUCACUUUUGUCAGGAUGGCCCCCCGGGCUGAGAAAGCAAGACAGUCACUGCACAUUUCAUCUUAAAUACUGUCUUCUAUUUCACAGACGUUGAAUAAAUUCCACUUCAGCUGCCUCUGGACCAUCCAAAGCUCUGAGCACUCCCUCUCUUCUACUUUCUCUCCCACCUUCAAUGUUGCUUAUCAUAAUUCAUAACAUUUGGUGGUCUACGACCAUAAAAGAUUCUUUUUAGGAUAAAUCAGGUGGAAGCAGCAGGCCAGAGCCAGGUCUCAAAGGAGCAAGUUCAAUGGAACUGUAAUGUUUAACCUUGGGGUAGGUCUGAGGAGAAGCCAUCCUUCCCCUCCAUUCCUUGUCCUCCUGAGGGUGUCCUAUUCCAGUGCUCACACUUGCCGUGCAAAAAAGGCAUGAGUUCCUCUAGAUUAUUUGUGUGAAAGCUAGGGGAAGGCAGGUUCAAACAUUCUCUAUUAGAGUCCCUUUAGAAUGGAGGAGAUUUGUUUUACAUUGACAUCAAGGAAAAAUCUUAGUUUGGAAAGAAUGUAAGUGGAAGAUCAACAGCUACAGGAGAGCUCAAUAAGAGAAGUGUUUUUUUUUUUUCCCUUAAAACAGAGAAGAAGAAGUUGCAGAUUGCCUGGUGGGAAACAAAUGAUCUACUGACCAGGGAGAAAAGUGGUCUGAGACUAGAGAUACAGAAGCAGACAUCUCUAGAAGUAGAGAUGAUGCCAAUCAAAGUCUUGGGAGGGAACAGACCAGAGAAUAAAAUUGUAUGGAGGUUCUCAGUACUUUUUCUGGAAAAUUCCUAUAAUAUUCAAGGGCACUUCUAGCCCUCUGCCUACUUAGAGAUGAACUCAGUGCUACUUCUGGGUUCUUAAGGCAAAUGCCCUACAAACACCAAAGUCUUGUAUUUUCCACUGUCAGUCAACACUGGCUGUCUUGAGUGGGAUUAUUUCCCCCUUCCCUAUGUGAAAGGGACUUGUUUUCAGGAGAAGUGUCCUUUAAACAUCCAGCUAAAACUGGAGGUAAUUUUUUGCAUGAAUGGCUUUUUACAGCUAGGUCUAAAGCAGAACAAAACUUGUAUUAAACUAAGUGCUACUUUACAUAUCUUAUUUCAAGGGAAAUGAAGGAUUUAUUGCCGUGUAAAUGAUGUACACUGAUUUGUUUCCUACUGGACAUUACAUGUCCCUUUAUCUUUAGGCUGAUGUUGUGCAGCAAACUUUCAAUAUCUGGAAAAUCAGCUGGUACCUACUUCAGUGCACUCGUAGGAUGUUAUAUUCUCAGAGAAGAAUCUUGCAAAUGAAGUUUAGGUGCUGCUAUAACUGAUUUUCAUCCCUAUCCCUAAGCUUUCUGUACUAAAUAUAUGUAAAGUGAUUAUAUCUUGUCUGAGCCCAUGUGUUUGUGUGUGUUUCCCAAUGUUUAUAUAAACAUAUUGGCCAUCUGAAGCAUUAGUUGGAUUAUGGUGACUGAUGAACAAUGGUGUACAUGGCAUGUGGACAUGUGAUACAUACACACACUUGUUCCGAGGCCAAGCUAAUCUUACAGAGUUUAGGAAACCAUACGUGGCAUGGCUUGGGAAACGUUCAGCAGCGGAUGUAGUACAGCCAAGCCACCAUUCACAGUGGAGACCUUGACAGCAGCAGAGCUGAGGUGUGCUCAACUGGAUUGUAUGUCAUUUAUUUUAAUCCCAAUGGAUUGUUCUUCAGUUCUGUUUAAUGAUUUAGACGUAUUCCAUCAUGAUGCUUGUUUCUUCCCCCCAGGCCACUGGACAGUGCUGAUCAUGUUUGUUUCCCAUCAUUUCGAUCCCAAAGUUGUUAACUUAAAAUGGGUGACUGAGGUUUUAGUAAAACUGGGUUUUACUAGUAGUAACCCCUUCCUUGAGGUACUAUUUUUUCCAUUCUCUUCAUUUAUGACAACUAAAUCCAUUGGCUAUGCUAAGUUUAUUUGCAUCCUAGCAAGUCCUGGAGAAUCAAUUUAGUUAAAAUAAUGACUGUAUUUGCCUUCAGAGAAGAGGCUUGUGGUCUAAAUAAAAUCCUUGGGUAAAGGUGUCUUUUAUGCAAAAAAUAUGGAUUCUAACUUGGUAAGAUGGCCCCAGGGUAGGGGGGAUGUGUUCUCAGUUGAUAUUAAGGGAUGUGUUGAAAAGGCAAGUGCCCUCCCUUUCUCUGUUCCCCACCCCACCCUACCUUCCUCCCCAACCUCAAAAGAAAACAGAAAAUUAUUUUUUUAAAUUGUAUUAAUAAUUUAUGUUUAAUACAAAAGGAUGAUUUAAUGGUAUCACCAAAGGUCAUUUCUCCCAUUGUGCAUGUCCUUCACUCAGCCCCGUACCCAUCACCCCAUUCUUCACCCUCAUGCUUCCAUCCCGAGGCAAACAUGUGUCUUCAUUGGAAUCUAUCAGUGUUGAAGUUAAAUGUGGGGGCAGAGAUUUAACACCAUGACAUUAAUGAAAACCACCCAUUCUUCACUUUCAAAUAGUUAAUUGCUACAAGAAGGCAAACUCUUUUCUUGGUUAUUGCUUAAAAACAUUUUAUACAUAUAUAUGUAUAUAUGUGUGUGUAUGUAUGGACAUAUGUAUGUAUAUGCACAUGUACAUGUAUAUAUGUAUAUAUCCAUCUCCAAUAUAAAUAUAUCAUAUGUGAUAGUUGUAAAUACUUCUUGGUCAUGUCUGUCUUCCUCAUGGUAUCAUAUCUUCAAUGUUAUGUUAACAACUCCAUUUAUUGAUUGAUGAAAUCGUGUGUAGACCUGUAUCCUCCUGACAUAGUUUAUGUAGGGUCUCUUCUCAAAUAAAGUAUAAAACAUGAA